CGCCCGAGACGAAAAUUUGGCCAAGACCCAUCAUCCAGCGCAUCGAACACCAACAGACCGUCACUGUCCCUCGUGACGCUCCCUCGUUCCCCUCCACCACAACGCCUCGCUCCCCUCUCGCGCCGCCGGCCGGCCACCCGUCUUCCCCACCUCCGGCCACCGCCGCCCUACCCUCUCUCCCGCAGCCCACCACCCCUCUCUCCCCACCGCCCCCUUUCUCUACCGUGCGCCGCUCUCCACCCCGAUCCACAUCGAGCCGCCGACCAGCCUCACCCUAGCUCAGCCUCGCCGGCCACCCCCUCCCCUCCACGGCCGGCAGACUUCCCCAAAGCCGGCUGUCCUCCCCGCCGACCUAGUGCGCCCCCGAACCCGAAACCCUAGCGGAGCUGCAGCCGCAGCCGUCGCGGGGCCUCAUGGCGCAGUUCCAUGACCAGGUGCUCGCCUCCGCCUCCCUCCUGCACCGUCCGGUGACCGUGCUCUCUCUCCCGCCCGGCGACCUCGCUGCUUUGACGACCCCAAGCUCCGCCUUAAAGGCAGCAGCUUUCUCUCUUUCUCGUCCCGCCUAACCUCGAUUCCGUCUUGUAUACGCCUGCUUGCAACGUAUCCGCGUUGAAUGCGUCCUUUGGUUUUGGUCAGGUCACGGUGGUUUUCCGUUGGCGGGGUGAGUGGUGGUGGUGCUUUCCGGUGGUGGUUUGUCCAUCGGAGCUCCUGCUUCCGCUCUUCUCCGACGACAAUGCUGUGGGCCGGCUGCUGAUUUUGGUCAGGUCACGGUGGUUUUCCUGUGGUUGUGGUGCUGUCCACCGGAGCUCCUGCCGCACCUUGUUCAGCUCCGUCACUGCCGACGUCAUCAAGGCUUCCUGGCGCGGCUUCAUCUCUGACUGGCUGUAUAUGCGGCAUGGCUUGCCUUCUGGGAGAAGCACCAUUUGUAGAUGCUCUGCCUAAGCGGCGACAACCAGGCCGAUCUACUCAUGCUUCUCCAAUUUCAACCAGGGACAGGCUGCUGCGGAUUGAGCCACUACCGCGUCGCGACAUGAAUGCCAGGUCUCGGUGAUGUUGUGGUUGUGGUGGGUCCUCCAGUGGUGGUGCUGACCUCCAGGGGUGCUGUGGUGGUGGUGCUGUCCACCGGAUCUCCUGCUGGUGCUGCCGGCGUCCGUGCCGCUGAGCUGCUGCUGCUGGCGUCGACUAUGACAUGCUGCCCCUGCCUUCUUCGACUGGGACCUCUCCUACAGCACUGUCUCCCCACCGGCGUGCCACAGAAGGUUCGUUUUUGGAUCAAGUCGGUGCUUUUGGAGAAUGAGAUGGUUGUGAGGACUAAAAGGAACAAGGGCUUGACAUGCCUCGCUCGCCUACUGUCUAUGCGUCUCAUCGCCUCCGGCUGCUUGGGGGUCCAAGUUCUCGCAGCCGCAGCUGCUGCUGCUGCUUUGGCUGUGGCCUAUAUAAUGUUUUGGUCCUGGUAAUGUCAAGUAGUCGUUGCACAUGGUGGUAGCAUCGUUCUUGUGAUGCUCCAGGUUCAGGGCCCCAUCUUAUUCUAACUUGUAAAGAAAGAAUCUUGCUAUGAUGGAUCGAUGUUGUUGAAUCAGUUCACCAUCGGAAUAUGAACCUGCUCAUCAUAUUAUUGGCAAACGCGUACUCAUCUUGUGGCAAUCCAAUGUGAU